GUUUCAAGCUUCAAGUUUCAAGUUUCAAGUUUCCAUCUUCAAACUGCAUUCUCUCUCUCUCUCUAAAAGGACUGAGUAUCUGUCCUUGAGUUUCUGUUUUCAAAUUUGGCUCCUCGGCUCUAUUACAUGUGGAUAUGUCAGGUAAAGGAAAGUCUAGCAAGGGAAAGAGGUAGAGACAGGGAGUGGCUAUGAGAGAGAUUCUUUUUUCCUUUCUCAGUGAAGAGUAAUGUUCAAAACUCAGCUUUUCUUGCAAUACCCGGUUCCUAUUUUCACCAUUACUGCUCGUUUUCACCUUCAACGGAUUAUUUUUUAGAUGUCUCCAUCGAAGGAACGCAUCAAAGGAUCUACACCCAGGUCAAAUCCAGUCUCAAAAAGAUUGUUUCUGAUCAUUUUUGAGAUGGGGGUUUUCAAUUCGUCUCUGAUUAAUCGAGAAGUGGACACCAAGUGUUUGUGAAAAUACCCAAGAGAUAUUUUUUUGAAGGUAGAGUUCAGGCUCAUUGAAUCAGGAUGAGAGAUUUUCCAUCUUGUUUUGGCGAAAAUGGAGUUCAAGUUGCUGAUUCUUCGUCAUCUAGUUCAGCUAGAACCGCUCAGAAUCUGGUUUCCUGCAUAUAUCAGUGUAGGUUGCGUGGCAGGUCUUGCUUGAUUACAAUUACGUGGAGUAGGAAUUUGAUGGGUCAAGGCCUUAGCAUUGGGAUUGACGAUUCUGCCAAUCAAUGCCUUUGUAAAGUUGAUAUAAAGCCCUGGUUGUUUUCAAAGAGAAAAGGGUCCAAGAGUUUAGAAGCAAAUUCUAGUAAAAUUGAUAUACAUUGGGACCUCUCCUCAGCUAAGUUCGGUUCCGGCCCUGAACCAAUUGGCGGAUUCUACUUGGGCAUUGUUGUUGAUCGGCAAAUGGUUCUCCUUCUUGGGGAUUUGAGAAAGGAAGCGUUCAAGAAGACAGGCAACGCCCCUGUACCCUCCAAUACCAUUUUUGUUGCCAAGAGAGAGCACAUUUUUGGAAAGAAGACGUUCAUCACCAAGGCUCAGUUUUGUGACAAUGGUCAAAUGCAUGACCUUGCGAUUGAAUGUGACACAGUUGGUGUCAAUGACCCUUGCCUUGUGAUCCGUGUCGACAGUAAAGCUGUGAUGCAGGUGAAACAUCUCCGAUGGAAGUUCAGGGGUAAUCACACAAUAUUGGUCGAUGGGCUUGCAGUUGAAGUUUUCUGGGAUGUUCAUAAUUGGCUGUUUGGGGCAUCACUUGGAAAUGCUGUUUUUAUGUUCAAGACUUGCCUUUCGGCUGAGAAGCUGUGGGCUAGCCAGCCCAUGUCUGAUCCAAGUGUAUUGCCAUGGUCUUGGUCCCAGAGGUUCCGAGAUUCCCCGUCAGAAGGUCAUGGUUUCUCCUUGAUUUUGCAUGCUUGGAAGAAUGAAUAGAGACAUUAGAAGUUUUUCAUUGAGUGCUAACAAAUACUUUUAGUGAGUGUUGAUUUUUAUUGACUGUGUAUGGUUUACACCUAAAUUGAUUAUAAAAUAGUCCAUUUUUCUUUUCAAUUUUCUAUUGAAUUACUGAAGCAAUAUGGAAAGAUGGAGGAAAUUUUUGUUGUUAA